AUGGUUGUCCAUGAGUGGAUGCCAACCACUGUUCGACGGUCGCAAGGCAACGUUCAACUAACUGCGAUAAAAGUGCGGCUCCGCACUCCCGCCAGGGGGGCGGCUGGGGAACCGCGGUCGACGCAAGACGAUGUGCUCGUGCUGCUAGUGCAACAAGGGGAUGCCUUAAACACCUGGG